UGGGAGAAAAAAAUAUUGAACGCCUAAGAAUUGGCUUAGAACUGGCUUCCUCUUCAACACCACCGGCUUCGACCUGAAUUACUGUUCGUAGUCGCGCUCUAUAGACACCACGCGCGCAUUCACUUCUCUUUUCCUGCUCCGAGGAGCUUCUGGCGCCCGGAUCCUCCGCCAUCCCUCGGCGUUCUCCUCCAAGCGCUCCUACGCGCGCCAGAUAUUCAUUACCAGUGACAAAUUCACCAUGAACGGAACCCAAGACGUCGACGGGCCCCAGGGAUCUUUGAUUAUCCGUGCCCGAGUCCUCGCCCAGCCGAGCCUUGACCUCACCGCCUGCGCGCUCGAGGUCGAGAUCGCAGGCCGCUCUUACCUCUUUGGUCGCGUGGGCGAGGGCUUCCAACGUCUCUGCUGCGAGUACGGCUUUCGCACUUCUCGCUUCCAAGACAUCUUCCUCUCCGGCUCCGCCGACUGGACAUCCCAGAUGGGUGGCCUGCCCGGUCUCAUCCUCACUCUCGACGAGCUGGCCGUCGAGAACAUCCAGGUCUUUGGCGACGCAAACGUGCCCUGGGCCCUAGCCUCCCUGCGCCGUUUCUUCCAACGCGAAGCCUGCGACAUCUCCGCCAAGCGCGCUGACAGCGACUUUCACGACAAAGACCUCGUCGUCGUUCCCGUCGAGCUUUUCGGUGCUUCUGACGCAGCCGAAGCACACGUCAGCUCAUCUGAGGACGAAGCAGCUAGGCAAGCCAUAGUCGACACUGGCUUGAAACGUAUGUUUCCGCACAAAGACAGAAUCAUCCGCGACGGCAAGAAACAGCUAUCAGGCCAGACCGAGAUGCGCGAACAAUAUGACACGACCGAAAUUCUUCAGGUCGUCAGACCACCGUCCCCGUCCCGCCCCUCGCUGAGCUACAUCAUCCAGCCCCGGCCCCCGCGCGGCAAGUUCGACGAGAACCUCGCCGCUUUCUACCGCCUCCCAUUUGGUCCCGAGCGCGCAGAGGUCAUCAACGGAAAGACCUGGACGCGCGACGACGGCCUCGAUGUCACGACAGAGAUGGUCACCGCCCCGCCCCAAUCUGUCCGUCGCAUGGCAUUCAUCGACAUCCCAACCCUGCAGCACCUUCAAGACGCAAAGACAAAGAACUGGUUUGCGCGCGUGCCAAAACCGAGCGAGUAUCUCGCCGGUGCGCAGACCGUCGUCGACAGAUUUCCUUCUCAGCAAGAGAUCGAGGAGGAGAAGCAAAAGGCAGAGUCUGAACCUUUUGCCCAGCGCGUCUACUUCGAACAACCUGUCUAUGGCUUUGUCGUCCACGACCUCGGCCGCGAAGUCGAGCCUUUCAGUGAAGAGUUUAUAUCAUUCAUGAAGUCUUUUGGACCCGAGUGUGAUCACAUCAUCAACCACCCCGACUACACGCCAAACACCCUCACCUACAACCGCGCCGCGCAAUUCGCCAUCGCUCUCGGCAUGAUCUCGCCCACCCACUUCCGCGAACCCAUAAUCACCCCCGCGUCUAAACUCGUCGACGAAAAAUACACCCCCGUCGAAGCAGAGGAGAUCCCGGUGAAAGGCGGAGGCAAGAAACUGACGAGGCAUCAGAAAAAGAGAAAGGCAAUACAGGAAAAGAAAGAGAGGGAGGUGCAUGGUAAUGCCAUUGAGCCUCCGCCAUCUCCCAUCCUCCAGCCUGUCGAUGACACUCCCACCGACUCCCCCAACCCCCGACCAGAACUCUCCGUCAUGCCUAUAAUCCAAGGCACGACCUACGUCCUCAAAGGCAAGCUCAUCACCUCCAACGCUCACAAAAUAGCCACCGGAGACUGGCGCGACUCAGACAAGCUCGCAAACACCACGGUCGAGAUGUACAACGAGAUCCUCGAGCGCUUCCCGAACGGUCCCAGACGCAUCGUCACCACCGAAGCAGGCCACGAGGGCGCCAUGAAUUAUUCCGCGCUCGAAAAGAAAAACCUGAUAGAGAACCCCACCGACGACAACGCCAGCAGCAGCGAGAACAAGCGCGGCCGCAGCGCCUCUCCCCCGUCGCAGAAAAAGAAGCAACGCGUCGAAAUCGCAAACCAAGUGACCGUCAUCACCUGCGGCACCGGCUCCGCCACCCCCGCCGUCUUCCGCAACGUCAUCGGCACGAUCGUCAAGCUCCCGUUCUACCCCGCGCCUGACGACAGCGGCAGUCCUCUCCGCACAAAGUCGGUCCUGCUCGACUGCGGCGAGUCUACCGUCCAGAACCUGCGGCGGCUGUACGGACUCAGCGGCACGGACGAGAUCCUGCGCGAGAUCAAAGUCGUUUUUAUCAGUCACUUGCACGCCGACCAUUUCUUUGGCGUGCUGACGUUUCUGCGCGCGCGCAACGACGCAUUUAACGGACACACGCUCGAAGAAGGCGACUCGAGAACUUUGUACAUAGUCGGUUCGCGGCGCAUGAUCCUCUGGCUCCAGGAAUGGCAACAGCUCCACCCGAACCUCACCGCCGACGUGCGCUUUGUCGAAAACAGGUACCUCGCCGAGCGCGAAACUUACCGUCAAACGUCCGAGCACCCGACCACCUCCGUCGAGGGCGGCGCAGAGGAAUACAAAGCCUCGUACGAGGAUCUCCUCUCAGCCAUGUCGCUCCGCAAGGUCGCCACCUGCCGCGCCGUCCACGCGCAGCUCGCGCACUCGGUCGCAUUCACAUUCAAGAACGGCUUCAAGCUCGCCUACUCUGGCGACACGCGGCCAAACUACGCAUUCACGCAGAUCGGCCGCGACGCAGACCUGCUCGUCCACGAGGCCACGAUGGAAGACGACCUGCUCGCGAGCGCAAUCUCAAAACGCCACUCGACCCUCUCCGAAGCGCUCGCGGUCGGAUACGUCAUGAACGCGAAAAACAUCCUCCUCACGCACUUUUCCCAGCGCUACCCGGUCUCCAUCUCCCUCUUCGGCGGCUCGAGCUUUCUCUCCUCUGAAUCCGACCACCUGCUCAGCGGCGUCAGCAGGCUGCAGAACGAAGACCGAGACGGCAGAUUCAUCCGCGAGAACGUCGAGACGCGACCUAGCGAUCGACUGAGCGAGAAAGGGAAGCGGGCGGUCGAGCGACAAAUCAAGUGGUCCGCGAACGUCAAGCUCUCGUUUGCGUACGACGGCAUGCAGAUGCAGCUCGCGGACUUUGAUUGCCAGGGCGCGUGGACGAAGCCUAUGCGCGUGAUGUUUUGUGAUUUGAAUAGGGAUCUGAUCGAGCAGGAUUUGGAGGCGAAGGAGAGCUUGAAUGGGAAGCUGUUGUAGCCCUUCAUAUUUCUCGAGUUGAGUGUAUAGAGUAGUGUAUAGUGAGAGUGUAUAAAGUGUACAUAGCCAGGAAA